CGACUUUGUCUGCACACAUUCGCAUUCGCUCAUCUGUGUCACCACUUUUCUCACUUCAACGCAUCUUUGUUCCUUUUCUUUCCUCUGCAAAAUUCAGUUUCUCUCUCUACACAAAAAAAGUGGCAAUUCCGCUUUGGAAUCCUAAUUCUAAAUCUAAAUCUGGCUGAAGGAGAUAUGAUCCGAAGAGGUAAGUGAGUAGGAAUCGAAGGAUUCAAAGAUGGGUUGCAACCAAUCCAAGAUCGAGAACGAGGAAGCAGUGGCGCGAUGCAAGGAGCGCAAGCGCUUCAUGAAGGACGCCGUCUCCUCCCGCAACGCCUUCGCCGCCGCCCACUCCUCCUACGCCACCUGCCUCAAGAACACCGGCGCCGCCCUCGGCGACUUCGCCCCGGGCGAGGUUCAGAACCCUCAAUUGCACUCCAAUGACACUAACGCCACCUUUCAAAACCCUCAGCCCUUCGAGAUUCCUCUCCCGCCGCCCCCUCUCCCGGACUUCUCCCCCGCCCCGCCCCUCCAGCGGGCCAUCAGCAUGCCCGAGAUGAAGAUCAACAAGCCCGACCCCCGCCCCAGGCCCGAGCCCGUUGGCACAAUCGUCGAGGAGGACGACGAGGAAGAAAAAGAGUUGGAGAACGAAGGGUCCUUGAGGAAGAGAAGAAGCAACAACAGAGUGACUAGUAAUAAAAGAGUGUCUGAAGAAGAACAAGAGCCUCCUCCUCCUAUGCCUCCUCCUCCUUCCAAACAACCUGAACCUCGUGAUCACGUCACUCAUCAUCAACACUCCAUGGCUCAGGACACUCAGAGUGGUGCUUGGGAGUACUUUUUCCCUUCCUUUGAGAACAUUGCCGGGCCCAGCCUUAAUGCUGCCGAAGAAGAUGCCGUCAGCAAGGUCCACGAAGUUGAGAGGAAGGUGUUCGAUGAAAAGCCCAACAGGGUGGUGGAGGAAAUUGACGAUGAGGUGGUCGCGCCUGUGAGGAAUGUUGAGGUUCCUGAGCCUGAGCCCGAGCCUGAACCCACGCCCGAGCCUGCCCCUGUGCCCGAUGAAAUGAUGGAGACGCCGGUGGGGAAGGGCGUGAAGUUGAAGCAGACGCCGAGUUCUGUGGAGGGGAAGAGAAUUGUGAAACAUUCUGUGAAUCUGCAGCAGAUAUUUGCUGAUCUCGAUGACAAUUUUCUCAAGGCUUCUGAGGCUGCUCAUGAUGUUUCAAAGAUGCUUGAGGCCACACGUUUGCACUAUCACUCCAAUUUUGCGGAUAACAAAGGACACAUUGAUCACUCUGCACGGGUCAUGCGUGUUAUUACAUGGAAUCGAUCCUUUAAGGGAAUACCUAAUGUGGAUGACGGGAAGGAUGAUUUUGACUCAGAUGAACAUGAGACGCAUGCCACCAUCUUGGACAAGUUGUUAGCGUGGGAGAAGAAACUUUAUGAUGAAGUUAAGGCUGGUGAACUUAUGAAAUUUGAGUACCAAAGAAAAGUUGCCGCACUUAAUAAAUUAAAGAAAAGAGGAACCAACUCUGAAGCACUGGAGAAAGCAAAAGCAGUUGUCAGUCAUUUGCACACAAGAUACAUUGUAGAUAUGCAAUCCUUGGAUUCAACAGUCUCAGAGAUUAACCGUUUACGUGAUGAACAAUUGUAUCCAAGACUUGUUCAGCUUGUUGAUGGGAUGGCUGAAAUGUGGAAAUUAAUGCUAGAGUACCAUGAGAAGCAAUCAGAUACUGUGAAAUUGCUGAGAACGUUGGAUAUUUCCCAGUCAACUAAGCAAACAAGCGAACAUCAUCAUGACCGAACAUACCAGCUACUGCUUGUUGUGCAACAGUGGCAUUCGCAAUUUGAAAUGCUUGUCAACCAUCAAAAGGGAUACAUAAAGGCCCUAAACACAUGGUUAAAAUUAAAUCUUAUUCCUAUUGAAAGCAGCUUAAAGGAAAAGGUUUCUUCACCUCCAAGGGUUAGAAGUGCGCCCAUACAAGGUCUUCUCCAUGCAUGGAACGACCGACUAGAAAAACUUCCCGAUGAGCUUGCUAGGACAGCUAUUGGAAACUUUGUUGCAGUGAUAGAGACUAUUUUCCACCAGCAAGAAGAAGAAAUUGCUUUGAAGAGGAAAUGUGAGGAUACGCGAAAGGAGCUAUCCCGCAAAACAAGGCAAUUUGAAGAUUGGUAUAACAAGUAUAUGCAAAGGAAAAUACCAGAUGAGUACAAUCCCGAUACAGAAGACAAUAACGGUCCUGAUGAGGCUGUUACAGAGAGGCAGGUUGCAGUUGAACAAGUGAAGAAGAGAUUAGAAGAUGAGGAAGAAGCCUAUGCACGGCAAUGCCUCCAAGUGAGGCAAAAAACUUUGGGAAGUCUCAAAAAUCGCAUGCCAGAGCUCUUUAGGGCAAUGUCGGAUUUUUCUCUUGAAUGUUCCAAAAUGUAUAGUGAAUUAAGGUCUAUAUCACAGAACCUCGGCCAGAGCUCAUCAUGAUGGGUUGCGCUUAUUUUUUCUGGGUAAAGUAUAUUUUUCUUUGUGCUAUAUGAUUUGAUGGGGACGAGUCCUGCAGAUUACUUGUGACAUUGUUAAAUAAACAGUAUUUGAAUUUUCAUAUUAUCGCAGAGAAUAUAUUUGAAUGGAUUCAUGUCCCUUUAAUGUAAACGAUACAUGAUCCAUGUUUUGUUCAGUUGCUUAUUUGUAAUUGAUGUCAAUCUCCUCAAACCGUUUCAA